CUGAUAAGGAACCAGGAAGAACAUGUUCCUUUUCAGCCCGUGUUGCGCUAUGUUGUUUUGCCAACAAUAUGCAAUAUUUACGUGUCACAGAUUUCAUCAUAUGUACAGUUAUUUAUUUUCAUCGUAGCCUAGCCCCAGAUUGAUCCGUUGUAAAAAUGAGUGACAGUAUGGAAGGAGACACAUCAGAAGAUGAUGAAGAACUGGAAAAUUUAACCAGCAAGAGAAAGGUGAAACAGAAAGGACCUACUAACAAAAUUAAGAGGACAAAGAUAAUUGAGCAAUCAAGCCCAGAAAUCUCUGAGGAUGAAUACCGUGAGCUGUUGCAGGAUAUAUCAGAAUGGUUUGAUGGAAAUAGCUGUAUCAGUAUGCUGAAAGUAUUGUACAGAGAUCAUGUGACUAAUGCUAAUACACUGCAUAAUGCUACUAAAAUGCGUGACUUGCUGGACAACUUGCAUGACUCUGGGAAUCUGAGUCCAACUGAUCUUAGUAUUCUGUAUGACACCAUAAAUGUAACAAAAAAAUUUGGUUUCAAACCAAAGAAUAAGAACCUGCUUUCAUUAUUUCAAAAUGUUAGACGUUUUGAAAUAUCAAAAUUUACAUCGCACAGGCAAAAGCUUGUAAAAUUAGGAAUGGCAUUGAUUCAAGAUGAUGUAUCAACUCUUGAUGGUUCAUUUAACAUCCCACAAAAGAAAUAUGAAGACAGUUGGCAUUUGAUAAAUGAUCUGGAGCACAAAACAGUAAUUUGUGAAGAAAAAAUGGAGCCAUUUGUUGAAAAGUUGCGUAAAGCCCAACUCCAUUCAGCCGUGAAAGCUCUUACUGAAGAAAUCCAUGAAUACCAUGAGCUGUUGCAUGAUAUAUCAGAAUGGUAUGAUCGACAUAGAUGUAUCGGUAUGCUGAAAGUAUUGUACAGAGAUAAUGUGACUAAUGCUAAUACACUGCAUAAUGCUACUAAAACGCGUGACUUGCUGAACAACUUGCAUAUCUCUGGGAGUCUGAGUCCAACUGAUCCUAGUAUUCUGUAUGACACCAUAAAUGUAACAAAACAAUUUGGUUUCAGACCAAAGAAUAAGAAGCUGCGUCCAUUAUUCCAGAAUGAUAGAAGUUUUGAAAUAUCAAAAUUUACACCGCACAGGCAAAAGCUUGUAAGACUAGGAAUGGCAUUGUUUCAAGAUGAUGUAGCAACUCUUGAUGGUAUGUAUAACAUACCACCAAAGAACUAUAAAAACAGUUGGCAAUUGAUAUUGGAUCUAGAGCACAGAUGCGUAAUUCGUCAAAAAAAUAUGGAAGAAUUCAUUCAAAGAUUGAAGAAAGCCAAACUCUCUUUAGCUGUAGAAAUUUUUACAAAAGAUCAAGUGCCUCUUGAAGUACAGGCUAGAGGCCCAGAGGCUUACAAUGCAUUUAUUGAGGCACUAAAAGAGGGCAGCAAACCUAUCUACCAAACACGCCUUAUGUUUGUUGGACCUCAGCGCGUUGGAAAAACCAGUCUUGUCAAGGCCCUUACUGGACUAGAAUUUAACAAAAAUGAAGGUAUUACUGAUGGAAUUGAUACAUCACUGUCAUGCACAUUAAGUGUUAAGCAUAUCACUGACUUGAAACUGCAACCAGAUAUACCAACAGGAAAACUAAUUAAAGCAAAGCAGAAAUAUUUGAGAGCUGUUGCAGAAAAGAUGCUGCAAAAGAAACGUGGAAUCAAAUCAAAGGUUUGUAUAUGA